AUGAACGAUACAGAUUCUGUAGAUAUGUCAAGUGGUGAAGAAUCUGAAUCCAUUGAUCUAAUCGGGUCUAAUUUAAAUGAAAGAAUGUCAGUUAGUCUUGAGAUGCGAGUGGUACCGAGUGAUGUACCUAUAUCAGAAGAAUUAUCACAAUUUGACAGUAGUAGAUUUGCACAAGAAUUAUUUUUAAAAGCUGGUACACAUGAUUUUGAAACAUGUCUUCAUCAACACUGGCGUCAUUAUGUACCCUUGUGUUAUACAUAUCAUUCAAAUCUUGUCGAAGGCAUGAUGGAAUUAAAUGCAGAAUCUAUUCUGUUUCGACCCUUAGAAAUAUUUUUAUAUGGAAACGAAGAUAUGGAGAAUGCAGUGCAAACAAUUACAGCACUGAAUAAUCCUCCAACAGUUUGUGGACAUUUGUUUAAACCAGAAGAACCAACGUAUUUUUGUCGAGAUUGUUGCGUAGAUUCUACCUGUGUAUUGUGUACAGAAUGUUUUUUACAAAGUGAACAUCGAAAACAUCGAUAUAAAAUGAGUAUGUCAGGUGGUGGUGGCUAUUGUGAUUGUGGUGAUAAGGAAGCAUGGAAACAAGAUGUUCAUUGUAAUUUACAUAAACCAAGUAUCAACCAAGAACAAGAUAAUGAUAAUAUUCUUGAACGUUUACCAAUUCAAUUGAAAAAUCGUGCAAGACAAUUAUUUGAAGUAUUAUUUAAUUUUAGUAUUCAAUUAUUAUGUUGUGAAGCUUAUGAAAAUAUACCAACGACACUAAGAGAAGUUGUUCAAAUUGAUAUCGAUAAUCAAUAUGUGACAAUGGUAUUUAAUGAUGAAAUUCAUACGUACGAUCAAGUUAUAUCGGUUUUAACUCAGUCAAUUUUCUGUUCAAAACAAGAAGGUCGUGAAUAUGCAUCCACUGUCGAUCGUGAAGGACGAUCAGCAGUCAAAUGUGGAAAUUUUGAACAAUGUCUCGAAGUAAAACAAAUGAUAUUACAAAAAACAGUUGAUGUACCACUCAAAUGUUUAGUCUAUUCGAAACGUUUUGUAUCAUUGCAAUAUUUUGCACAAAAGUUAAUAUUAUAUAUGCAAAAAAUCAUUGCUAUUUCGAAUGGAUUUCGACAACUAUUUUGUCAAUGUGAAAUGAGUGUAAAUAAUCAAUCAACAUUGACCGAAAGAGUUUUAUUAUCAGAAAAUAUUUUAUGGAAAAGUGCAAGGACAGUAUUACAACAAAUAUUUAUGAAUAGUUUCUUUAUGGAUUCUGAAUGGAAAAAAGCGUUUGCCAUUUUAUAUAUAAAGGCAAGAUAUUUAAUUUCAUUUCACAAUGCAUUUCAAAUAAUUGUUGAUGCAUUUCUCAAAUAUUGUGAGCAAAAAUUAAAUCCUCAAGGAAAAUUAUUAUUUCUUCGUAUAACGACGCCAAUGACUCAAAGUGAAUUUCGUCGAGCACAAUCGAUACUCUACGAUUUAAAAUAUCUUUUAGGUAUUGUACCAACUCAGUACACACAAGGCUUACGUGAACAUUUUUUGAACGGCUUUCGGUCAUUCUUACAACUUUUAUCGUAUAUGCAUGGUAUGGACAAAGUCGUACGGCAAGUUGGUCAACAUAUUGAAUUUGAACCGGAGUGGGAAACUGGUUUUAACAUUUUUAUUAAAAUUCAGCUGAUAAUUCAAUCGAUUUUAGAUUGGUGUUCGAACGAUGCUGAACUUUUAAAACAAGCUUAUCUGUUAACUGGCGAAACACUAUCAUUAAUUCAACAAAAAACGGAUGUUUCACAUAUGUUGAAAAAAGAUGCAUUACCAAUAGUCAAAAUAAAUGAACCUCUACGUAUCCAAGUAUUAUCUGCUCAACAUGCUGCUGGUAUAUGGAGACGAAAUGGUUAUUCAUUAUCGAAUCAACUUUAUUUUUAUAGUAAUAUCAAAUGUCGUAAAGAAAUGUAUGAUAGAGAUAUAUUAGCGUUACAAAUUGGUGCCUCAUUAACACCUCCUGACGUGUAUCUGAUACAAUUAUUAUAUAAAUUUGGACUAUUGGAAUGGGUUAGAUCUCCGGAAAAUGGUCGUUCAACAGAAACCGAUACAAAAACAUAUGAAAAAGUCCGUAUUAUGGAAGAAUUUUUACACCUGUUAUUAAUAAUAAUUGUUGAACGCUAUGAACCGUUUGUUGGCCAAGUGACAAAAGAAGAAAAACUAAAACGUGAAGUUUUACAUCAGUUAUGUACUGCGCCAAUGACACACAGUGAUUUAGUUCGAAAUUUUACAGAUUCUGGACAAGAACUAGAAACAGUUGCUCUGGAAAUAGUAUUAAAGGAAAUUGCUGAUUUCAAAAAGUUAUCUCAGUCGUCAAGAGGCAAUUAUGAGUUGAAAAACGAUUGUCUAAAAUAUUAUAAUCCGUUUUAUUAUCAUUAUACAAAAGCUGAUCAAUGCAAAUCUGAAGAAUACGUAUUGAAACGUCGUAAAGCUCUUGGAUUAUCUUCGUUACUAUUAAUCCCAUCUCUACCCUCAUUCUGUGAUUCAUUUCAAUCUGUUAUUCAAUUGUUACAAUGUGACAUAUUUUUGACAUUAGUCACAGCCGUUCUUUAUCGAACAAUCGAUCAAAAAGCUGAAUUAUGGUCUGAAGCGAUUCUAAUACGAAUAUUGCAUUUAAUUUGUUUGGCUUUGUUUGAACAAGAGGAUUCGGUUGGAAAACAACAAACAACAUCAACAGCUAUGCCGUCUGAAAAGUUUCAAUUUUACGAAAAUAGUCAAAAAUAUAAAAUUGAAAAAUUAUUAGUACAAAUAACAACGGCAACUAAAGCUGAUGCUUGUGAAGCGUUAGUGUCACAUGUUUUGAAGUUAUUUAGUAAAUAUAAUGAAGAAGAGAAUACAAAAAAUGAACAAUCAAUGUCAUCAACUGUUAGUCAAGAUCUAUCGAAUGAUACUAAUAAAGAGAAACAAAAUGGAAACAGGCGUAAAGAGUUAAUAGCACAAAAACAAGCAAAAAUCAUGGCCAAAAUGACGGCAUUGCAACGAGUUUUCAUAAAAGAAAAUAAAGAUCUGUUUCCUGAAGAAAAGCUAUCCAUGGAUUUUGAUUCACUAUCUCCAACCACACCAUCAUCGAGUUCUACAACAACCCACGAUUUACUAACAUCAGAAUUAGAUACGACAGCAAACCAAAUGGAUACAAGUCCUUGUCAAAUUUCUCAACCAUAUUUGGGUACAAUCUAUUUGGACUCGUCAGUUCAAACAAAACAGACAUUAACUUGUAUAUUUUGUCAAGAAAACUCGGAAUUAAAACUUAAUUCAGAUACCAUCGUUAUAUCGGCUUAUGUACAAAGUUCUCGUGUAUUAUCUAAAAAUCGUUCACAAAAAAUUGAAAAUCCUGAUACAUUUGAUCCAACAUUUAUGUCAAAUGAUUUAUAUUGGGGUGUUCAUGUAUCAUCGUGCGGUCAUCCUAUUCAUGCCUCAUGUUGGAUGAAAUAUCAUGAUUCUGUAUUACUACAAAGUCAACGUCUUGCAUUACGAACGCGUGGUGCAACAAAUUAUGAUAUUGAAAUGGGUGAAUUUUUAUGUCCAUUAUGUCAAACAUUGAGUAAUACUGUUAUACCUUUACUGCCAUCUUUACGUACAUUUACUAAUGAAACUAAAUCCGUCUCAUCUCAACUGUCUUAUAAAGAUUGGCUAGAUGGACUAGAAAAAGCACUCAAUAGUAGUAUUGAGUCACCGUGUGAAGAUAAAAGUCAUAAGGAACAAAUAUUUUUUAAUCUGUGUUCAUUAUUAAACGUAACAAAAAUAAUGAAUGAAACGGUGGCACUCAAUUUUCAGUUAUUGUUUGAAACUACUAAAAAUUUAAGAUUACAAGAAUUUUCCGACAGUAUGCGAGAACGAAUAAGUCUAUUUGCCAGAAACGUUUAUGUGUUUGGUUUGAAUGUUAAUCCAGAUGAUCGUAACGAUCGAGUACCGACGAUACUGUGGACAUCAUGUGCUUAUACUAUACAAACGAUUGAAAAUCUAUUACGAAUUGAUUCAAAAUCAAUUUUGAAAUCAUUAUCAUUAGGACAAACAGAAUUAAUUUCAUCAUUAGUCAAGGUAUCAGCUGUCUACGGUCUGUUACAUAAUAUUGAUAAAGCAAAAAUACAUUGUCUCAAACUUCUAUCAGUGUUACUACCAUCUCCAGCUCGUUUACAAGUUCCAUCAUUGGCCAACGUCGAUUUAUUUCAUUUACUUGUUUCACUCUGUUUCACACUUCCCAUAUUGUUUAUAGAUGGAGUACCUCAAUUUAUCCAUGUAGCUAAUGGCAAUUUAAAUGAUUUAUAUUUGAUGCGUCUAAUAUUAACAGCACAUUGUUUACAAAUAUUAUCUAGUCACAAUUUUAUUUAUGAACAAGAACAAAACAUCUCUGAAUUUUCAAGCAGUAAUAUUAAAUAUGAUGAUGAUGGCAAUAGUGUAGAAGUCGAAGCAAUCAAAAAUGUUGUACAAAAGAUUAUUCAAUCUCAAAAGAACCAGUCUUAUCAAACUCCUUCACAACGUCUAUUAUCUGGUCGUGCAUUAUGUGAAAAACUAAAAUUAGCGUUAUUACCAUUAUUAAGAUGUUCAGCAUUGUUCUAUCAUCAUUUAACUGAUACAGCGUGGCCAACAGUAACAUCUGAUACAGCUUCAUUCGAUCCGUCCACGGAAUAUACAAUAAUUUGUCAGUAUCUUGGUCUUCCAAAAUGUUUAUCAAAAAUUUUAAAUCAAAAUGAUCAUAAUAAUUUAAACGAUUUACUUAAUAGUUUGACUAGUCUAAGUGUUGCUCCUUUACAUAAUCAAACAAAUCCUGUCUCAAUACUCACGUAUCCGAUCAAAACCAAUGAACUCUAUCAUUUGCCCAAAGAAUAUAUUGAUGUGAUGAAUCAAGUAUCACAAUAUGCCGCUCCAUAUACAUAUGCACGAGAUGAAACACGAUCACCAUGUAUAUGUUUAAUAUGUGGUGAAAUUGUUGUUCGUAAAUCUCAAACGUCUAUAUUUUCAUCAUUGCUAACUAGUUACCAAGAGUCAAAGCUUGGUACAUGUUAUCUGCAUACACUACAAUGUUGUGGACCGGUUGGUUUAUACUUACGUAUUAAAGAAUGUUCAUUGUUACUAAUACAUAUUACGGACAAUGGAAGAGCAAACAAAGCUCGAGGAACAUUAAUUCCGGCGCCAUAUAUCGAUGAUUAUGGAGAAACAGAUCAAGGUUUAAGACGUGGUAAUCCGUUACAUUUAUGUGAGGAACGUUAUCGUUUAUUAUAUAAACGCUGGUUAUCGCAUACAUUUACUGAAGAUAUUUCACGUAGUAUGGAAUUAAAUACGUCUAUCUAUGCAACGAUUUGGAAUCUGUUUUAA